GGAACUCAAGAGAGGUUUCUUUUCGAGAGGGGUAUCAGUGUCAGACGGGAGGGGUAGGAGGGUAAGGAGAACUUAGAACUCUAGUACUCAGUGCCCCACUCUACUGAAACAAAAUGGUGGACGCGUGAUGAUGAGUAGCCUGUAUUAAAGUACUAUUUUGUUAUUUUCUGUCCGUUUGUUGCCAAGAUGAUGACACACAAAGCCGUCAUCAACUGCCGAAAACUUGUGUUGCACUUGGAUGUAAAUGACACAGUUUUCAUCGGCGAUUCUAUCACAAAACAGGUUACACCAGAAGGAGCUCUGAACGAAUACCUUGUGAAUGUGGCUUGGGGUCAAGUGGACGAAACAGGCGCUUGGAAGUGCUACAGUAAUAGCCUACACGAGAAGCCUCCGGACAGCGAAUCGAUGUCCUACUAUAGCUAUGCACAGGCAAAGUUCAGAGGGAGGCCGAGAGAUCAGUUCAAAGCGCACAUUCGAAGAUUUACCGAGGAAGAGAUUGGAAAACCAUUUAGGCAUUUUUAUGAACAAAUGAUUGAGGCAUUGCAAUUCCCUGGGGACGUGAACUUAUGUAACAAUGUGGAACUUCCUUCCUUCAAAGACAAAGAAGGAGUUACGUAUCAUUGUAUUGUGCCAUCCUUUUACAAGCUUUUAGAGUAUUUGAUUGAAAGUAACAGAGAGUUGUCUAUUGUUUUCCGUACAUUUGGCAGGGAUGGCCAGAUCGUGCUGCAAGCAGCAAGAGAUUUCUUAAGAGGAAGAUGUGACAAGAACCCACAGGAAGCCCACGCAAGUAACUUUUGUAAGGACCCUGUGCAGAGCCCAAAAAUUGACGUGAUUUUCUCAGCAAGAGAAAUUAAGCGGUCAAGAGACCAAAUUUGUUUGAAAAUUCCUGGAGAUGCUGCAUAUUCAAACUUACGGGAUAUUUAUGCAUAUUUAAGCCACACAACUGGCAUACAGUUAAUUACUGAUGAUUACUCAUGGUGGAAGGCGCAAAAUUUUAGUUCAUCAGCUGCAAAACCCCUUUUAAUUGAUCCAUGUGAUGAAUCAGUACAUCACAUCAUGUUUGAUGAUAAUUUUCGCCCAUGGGAGCCUGAAGAUAGCAUUGUUGACGUACUUUUAGCAAAGAAGGGUAGCUUUUACAGUGUAGAUCCAACAGCUUUUGAUAAUAUUUGUGUAGUAAAGGCUGAUCUCUAUCAGAGCAUUUGUAACCCAAACUAUUUUAUUGACAAAAUUGGAUUAUGUGAAAAAAAUUACCAUACUUUUGUUUCAGAACAAAAAUAAAAUGUGACUUCCUUAGCAUAACCUGCGAUGGUAUGAUCGCAGGUUAUCCUUAACAGAGCACAAUAUACAAUAAAAUAUUCUUUGAGCAUUGUAAAUACACCUUCUUUUAUGUUUAGAGGUAGAAAUACUGAAAACAGUGUUUUUAGCCAGAAAUUGAAAGAAAUUGCCAUGAAUCAUUAAUGACUUAGAUUCAGUGGGUUAUGGGAUAUUGGAACGUUGCAAAAAAAAAUUAAAUUGUGUUCAGAAUGGUCUGCUUAGGUGUAAAACAGAACAGAGGGGAAGGGAGAGCAGGGGGGAUGUCAAGAACAGCUCGCAUAAUUUUGAAGAAAUGAGGAGAAUGCAGUCUAUU